GAGCCGACCAAUGCUUUAUGCAGCAGUUGUGGGCUAAACCGUCUUUCCGCGUCCAUAAAAUGACUUCAGCGCCGUAUCGGGCAGGUUCCAUUUGGAUCUGCUCACCAACGGCCUGAUGCUGGAACUCCUGGACUUCUCUCGCGUCCUUCUCCAGCACGGCCAAUCGCAUCGGCAACAACCUUGCUGGAGCAGAACUUUGGCAUCCAGGUCAGCCAAAUCCCAAGGGUCAUGUUUCAGAAGCGCAAAGCUCUGGAUCACACCGGAGCGGACGCCAGGAUAAAGCGAUCGCUGCAGCGCACAACCGGCGACGCCACGGGAGAAUUGCCGGUCGAUUCCUACAUGCGCCCACUUGACUUUGAGGCCGAAACGCAGUCCGACUCGAAAGCCGUGGCCGCCAACGAAGACGACGGACGGGUUCCGGUAAGGGCAACUCGCACGGACACCCAAAGUGGGAUCGGCGAACGCUCUGAUGAAGGAGCUCAGGACGGUAACGCGAGGCGGAAGCUGUGGCUCCUGCGUGGCAUUUGCUCCACGCGAAUCCUGACAGAGCAGAAAGCCGAGAGCCAGUUCGAGAGCUGCCGGGAGAUCGGUUUGGACUUUGACGUCGGCUCUGGCGCCAAACGAGCCUUGCAUCUGCGUCUGCUCACCAACAGCGUCCUGAUGGAGGUUCAGCAGUUUGCCACGGCCCUAAAUAAAGGCUCGGUGAGCUUCUUGUCGGACAUCCUGGAGCGCAACUUUCGCAUGGCCCUCCAGGAGGCGCACAGCACACAGACUCUGGUCAGGGAUUUAAUCACGAAAUGGAAGGCCCUCCUCGCACAUCCCGACAAAGCGCAAUUUGAGUUCCUCAACGGCAGUUUACAUCUCCCGCGCAUUUACGACGGCGGAAAGGAAGUCGAGUCAACAAAGUGCGCGGCGCCAUCCUCGGACAUGGAUCCGUAUCCUUUCUGUAAGAGGAUCGGCUUGGACUUCUGGCCGACGGACGGCGUCAAGCUGCCAUUGUCUGCGCUGACCGUAGGCGCCCUGCUGGAAAUGUUCCAAUUUGUGGAGAGUUUGCGCGGCACGACGACCGAGCUGAUCAAGGACAUCCUGGAGCACAAUUUCAAUUUGGACUUGCGGAGUGGUGACAGCCGGGCCGCCGCCGUGUUGCAAAAAUGGUGCGCCGGGGUGGUCCAAAAAUGGCCCAACACGCUCCCCGGAGACCCGUGGCUCAGCACGCCCGUCUUCACGCAGCUCGAGUCGGAGGACCGCUGCGCAGGAAUAGCCUCGAAUCAAGAGACGAACGUCGCGGCGAUCCAAUCCAACGACUUCCGCGCCUGCGAACAAAUCGGACUGGAUCUCGACGUGGGCUCCAAAUGGGGAGCCAAGAGUAAGUUGAGCCUGCAACAGCUGACCAGGGGCGUCCUGCUCGAGGUGCACCGCUACGUGCGGCAGAACCGGCUGCGCUAUGUGCCUUCCCUUUUCCAAAUCCUGGAUUACAACUUUGAGCUGGGCUACCAGAACUCGUACAAGGUGGAGUUCGCCUGGUCCGUCGCGUCUCAGGUGCUUGCCAUGGCGAGGAAAAGUAACAGGAACGACAAUUACCUGAAUACGGUCUUCGAGCUUCCCUUCCAGCUCCCGCCGUCGUCACCGUCGUGGUGCAAAGACGAACCGGAGGAGGAAAUCCUCCACCAACAGGAUCCUGGUGACCAAGAUAUCGUGUUUGUCCAAAAACUGCAACCUGUUGACAUCGAGGUGGAGAUCGAGUAGGUUUCUGUAGUUGUCUUUUAGGGCAAUGGCGCAAAAUAAAAAUGUUCAUUUCCUGCCAUG